GACCCACAUGGAGUUCACCUCUGACCUCAACAUACGACGGAAGGAACAAAGGACAGCAAAGCUGCCCGAGUUCCGGUUUACGUGAAGAGAAAAACCAUCAUAGGAAGCAGGUUGGACAUGGCCACAGCAGGACAUGGGUCUCCCACCAGAGUUGGUCAGAACUGCUGUGAUGCGUCUCCCACCGGGGUUUCACCAGUCAACUGCGACAGCAAAAGUAGCAAUGCUGACAAGAUUGUAGUACAAAAUGUGAAAUUGAAUAAUGUUGGUGAGAAACCCUACAUGUGUGGAGAGUGUGGAUACAGGGCGACUUGGUGGUCAGAGUUAUCCCGACACAUGAGAACCCACACAGGAGAAAAACCCUACAAGUGUGACCAGUGUGACUAUGCUACAACACACAAGGCAACUUUGGACCGGCAUAUAGCAAUACACAGCGGCGAAAAGCCCUACAUGUGUGGGGAGUGUGGGUACAGGGCAACUCAGAAGUCUACCUUAUCCCGACACAUGAGAACCCAUACAGGUGAAAAACCCUACAAAUGUGACCAGUGUGACUAUUCUGCAACAUUAAAAUGCACUUUGGACACACAUCGACUAAAACACACCGGUGAGAAACCCUACAUGUGUGGGGAGUGUGGAUACAGGUCAGCUAAAAAGUCUGACGUUUCCCAACAUAUGAGAGGCCAUACAGGAGAAAAACCCUACAAGUGUGACCAGUGCGACUUUUCUACUGCCCGGAAAUGUACUUUGAACAAACAUCUAGGAACACACGACGGUGUGGACCACUAUAUUUGUGGGGAGUGUGGGUACCGGACAACAAACAGAUCUGCCUUAUCCCAACACAUGCGAAUCCAUAAAACUUAUAAAAGAGAAAAACCUUGCAUGUGCCAUCUUUGUAACAACUCUGCAGCUAGACAAUUCGAACUGUCUGCACAUUUUAUAAAUCAAUCAAAUUUGAUGAACCAUGAGAAUGAAGCUGAAUCUACAAGUGUGAGAAGUGCACCACCAACAACUUUGUCCUCUUGUAGCUAGAAAGUCAAAAUGGAAGAAGAAAAUCUCCAGGAGUGACCUUUCUUUUAAUUUUUAUUUCAACAUGCAAAAAUACAAUACAUAGUGGUGACGCACUCAUCUAGCAAAAUGCCUAUAUUCACGUCACCGCUAGACAUAAUAUAAGAAUUAUAUCACAAAACAUGGGUAUCGUGUGACCAUAUUUUCUGUAGUGUUAAUCUGUACCUGAAAACUACUCUGUGGUAAAGAAAUUUGCACUGGAAUUGGACAUAACUUUAAACAAUGUCUAGAGUUAGAUGUUCAAGGGUUAGGUGUAACAAGUCUAUCGGUGUGAUAUAGCCAGCUGCCGCCACGCCGCGUGCCUGCAAAGCUGAUGUGUUUCACUGAAAGGCAGUUACAUGUAUACCGGCUAUACAGAUACAGAUAUUCAGGCAGAUUGGCAAAGAAUAUCAUUUUAACUGCAAACUAUGUGCCUGAGAAAAGCCUAUGUGAAAUUCCACCUAAUAUUAUGUAGGUUUUGCAUCUGGGAUAGGUUCAGUACAUAUAGCUUCUACCAGGCUUCGGGAGACAGAAAAAUGCUCUCUCCCAGCAGACAAACUCCCCGGGCAUGUUAUCUGUCUAUUUGGCUGAUUUCUACUCUUUCCAGCCGCCUCCCGAAGCCUGGUAGAGGCUACAGUACUUAAGUAUAGAUGCACUGUGAGUUAAAAUCGACUGUUCACUUAUUUUUGACACUGAUCUGGGUAUCUAAAAUUUCUUAACAUUGGUAUUUCCUUGUUAAAGUCUUGUUUAAGUCAAAUAUUUUCGAAUGAAUAUUGUAACAUUUUAAUAGCAUUACAUUUUAAACAUAAGCAUUUUUUGUAUAGUAUACAUAACUUAGUAGUCUGUACUGUCUUUGUAUUUAUAUUGUUUUAUCUUACAGCAAUAUAUAUUAUACUUAAAAGGUAAACUGGAUUGUGGAUAUGAGUGUAACAUUUAGAG